GUCUUUCAGACUUUCAGGUCUUUUUAUUAUUAUGUGACUAAAAUGUGGUUUCUAGCAAUAAGACGUGGCUUCUGCAUAUGAUGUUUAGAGAUUUAAGUGGCUCUACAUAGUCUGAAUGAAAGGAGGAUCUUUGCCAACUCUUCCUCUUUCACUUUUGUCUGUCAGUGCUCAGCAUCUUACCCACCGCAGUUUUGUCUACUUCGUGUUUUGCUUCAUGCUCUUUCAAGCUGUGGGGGAAGUGGAUUUAUCAGCUUAAGAAAGUUUUGAUAAAUUAGUUUUUAAAAUGUGGUUUCCCUUGAUUGUUUGUACUGGUAUUUAGGCAGUCCAUCCAGAUUUACAAGCCUGAUGUGAGCUCUCUACCUCUUUUGUCAUAAAUGUGACAACAGACUGGACAAACUGGUUGCUCAUUAGAGUGCGCUGUGCUUGUUUCCCUUUUUCUGGAACACCAAGCUUGAGAAUAGGGUAAAUUAAUUAUGAACAAGUAAGAGUGAGUCUCUAAGUGAACAGUGAUCACCUAAGGACGAGCAGAUGUCCUACAUCGCAAUGAUAUCCUGUUUCCCUCAGCAGGAAACAGCCUCUCAUUAUGCCAAGAUUGGGGUGAAACUAAUGGUCUCAGCGUGUUCCACGUAGCAAAGUCUACUUCCUGUUGCAGAUGACAGCUGAUCAUUACUGGUGAGGUGUCUUUGGAGCAGGUGUGUGAGCAAGGCGUUUCGCGUCAUUUAUUAACUAGCUUGGGAGUUGCAGGUUCAGCCAGCAGUGUCACGGCCCACCUGCUGCCACGUGGGUCCUGGAGGACUGUGGCCGGAGCAGGUUCGUUCAGGUGUGCACUGAGAGGUGUGGUGUGUUUGUUCACGCUCUCCUCCUCCCUGUUCUCUCCACCUGCCCUAUGGGACUGUUUCCUGAAGAGACAGGGAGGGAGGAGUGAGCUAGUUGGCUAGAUUACCUGCUGCUAUGACAGUUGCAGAGACGCACAAACCGGUUUAAGAUAUUUUUCUCUCGCUUGUGUUCUUUUAUUUUUCACAGCAGGAGUAACUCGCUGAACGUGUAGUGAGUAAAGCCUCGGGAGCGACACCCUUUCACAAAUAUGCGGCUGUUUCUACGCCGGCGUAUGUCCCCUCUGAAACUGGUGCUCCUUGGGGGGACUCUGUUCAUGGUGGUCCUGGUGGUUCUCCAGAGGGAUGUUGGCUCUGCGCCUGCCGGGGACCCCUGGUUUCAGGAGCUGGUGGACAAGAAGGACAGGGUAAUGGGUAUGGUCCGAGAUGCUGUCAACAACAUUGGCUUCCAGAUCAGAGCUCCGCAGGAACCACCGGUACAGCAGCAGCCCACUGAGAAUGUCAACUGUCCCAGUGGCUUCUAUACGCAGACUGAACUGAAGCCUCACCUGGAGAGGCCACCACAGGACUCCGGAAGCCCCGGGGCUGAUGGGAAGGCAUUUCUAAAAGACCAUAUGACCCCAGAGGAGGAGAAGGAGAAGGAGGAGGGCAUGACACGGCACUGUUUCAACCAGUUCGCCAGUGACCGUAUCUCGCUCAGCCGUAGUCUUGGGGAUGACACAAGGCCUCCAGAGUGUGUGGAGAGGAAGUUUCGUCGCUGCCCUUCUCUCCCCACCACAAGUGUCAUUAUAGUCUUCCACAAUGAGGCUUGGUCCACCCUCCUCAGGACAGUCUACAGUGUCCUGCACACAUCUCCUGCGAUCCUGCUCAAAGAGAUCAUCUUGGUAGACGACGCCAGUACUGCAGAGCACCUGAAGUCCCAGCUGGAGGAGUAUGUGCGUCAGCUGAAGAUCGUCCGCGUAGUGAGGCAGCUGGAAAGGAAGGGCCUAAUCACAGCCAGGCUGCUGGGUGCCAGCAUCGCUCAGGGAGAAAUUCUCACCUUUCUCGAUGCUCACUGUGAGUGUUUCCAUGGUUGGCUAGAGCCACUGUUGGCCCGCAUUGUUGAAGAACCCACUGCUGUGGUGAGUCCAGAGAUCACCACCAUUGACCUCAACAGCUUUCAGUUCAACAAGCCCGUGGCCACCAACCGCGCUUUCAACCGUGGUAACUUUGACUGGAGCUUGACUUUCGGCUGGGAGGCGAUCCCUGAAGAUGCGAAGAAGCUGCGCAAGGAUGAAACCUACCCUGUAAAAACACCUACAUUUGCCGGAGGUCUCUUCUCAAUCUCAAAGAAAUACUUUGAACACAUUGGAACAUACGAUGACAAGAUGGAGAUCUGGGGUGGUGAAAAUGUGGAGAUGUCAUUCAGGGUGUGGCAGUGUGGGGGCCAACUAGAGAUCAUCCCUUGUUCUGUGGUUGGCCAUGUCUUCCGUACCAAGAGCCCCCAUACCUUCCCCAAAGGCACAGAGGUCAUCACUCGCAACCAGGUGCGCCUGGCUGAGGUCUGGAUGGAUGACUACAAGAAGAUCUACUAUCGCCGCAACAAGAAUGCCGCAGUUAUGGCCAGUGAGAAAAAGUAUGGGGACAUCUCUGAUCGUUUGAAUCUAAGAGAGAGACUGCAGUGCAAGAACUUCACCUGGUACCUAAACACGGUCUACCCAGAGGCCUUUGUUCCAGACUUAACGCCAGAGAAAUUUGGAGCAAUUAGAAACUCAGGAUCUCGAACCUGUCUGGAUGUUGGAGAGAACAACCAAGGAGAUAAACCUGUGAUCAUGUACCAGUGUCACAACAUGGGAGGCAACCAGUACUUUGAAUACUCAUCUCAUAAAGAGCUGCGUCACAACAUUGGAAAGCAGCUGUGUCUUCAUGCCAUGCCCCAGCCAGAGCCAGUGAAGAUCGAGCUGUGCCAGCUGAAGGGGAAGGGCACUAGUUUGUCACCACAACAAGAGUGGGUCUUUACAGAGGAAAAUCUUCUGAAGAAUCCCAGCAGUGGGAAAUGUUUACAGCUGAGAGGAGGCCAGAUUCAGAUGGACCACUGUAAUGCUGCUGACCUCUACCAGCACUGGUCCUUCAGCUGACCUCCCAAUAUGCCCAUCAGGUGACUUCUGGCACCUUGUGCCCAUGCCCCCGUCCUCAGACUCAGCUCUGAGAAGCCAACUCUACAUUGAUCCAUUAGGACUCCAUGCUGUGGAGUUUGGGGCAUUUGGCCAUACUGAGCAGAUAGAUAAAAAUGGAGGACAAAGUAAAGACAGUCAUAUCUAUUGAAGACGCUCAGGUCAACCUUAACAUGUUUUAAAUUUAUUUAUGAUGGAAACUCAGCAAAGACAUUUGAAGGUGGUUGGGGAUAUCCACACACAAGUGGACUUUAAAUAUAGGAGUUGCAGCUUGACUGUGGGACUAUGGCUGUGAACUGUAAUGAUAUUAAUUCAGUGAAUUUACACUCCAGUUUGGAAAAUCACUAUUUAGUGACCCAUUUUUUUGUCUGACGGUGAAUAAUGAAUGAAUGUGACAAUAUGCACAAGUCCUAUUAAAGAGUAAGAGAUGUCUGUUUUUUUUUAAAUAAAAAUUCUACUUUGUUGUGUCAGAUAAA